CGUCGCUCGUGCCCGUACUGUUGCGAAAUAUCUUAUCCAUCCUCAAUUGCAGUACUCCCUCGAUUACCGUAGAGGGACCUUUCCAUCCUCAAUCGCAGUACUCCCUCGGAUACUGUAGGACGACUUUUCCAAAACUUGUCGAACUGAACCCACGAACGGAAUCUGCCCUGCGUCGAGGCCUUCCUCUUACCACCCUCAUCUGAGCUUUAUGUGGCCAUCAUACACUCCCCGGUGACAAUGGAUCGCGACAACGCCUUCCCGCAGCCCUACGAGGCAGGGAGGCCGCGCCCUAAACGCCCAGUCACUGACUAUGGCUCAACGAUGGUGCAAUGGAUGCGAAAUCGGAGACCAAAUCACAAGGGAGGAUCCGUAUUGGAGAUGGAAAGACCUAGCGCAAGCUAUAUAAUCGAUAUGCUCCCGCCUGCUGCGCGACCUACCAAUGCUGCCGCAACCAUUCCCGUCAGACACCUCCACUCCUCGCUAAACAAAAUCAAACAUCCAGUGAAUGUGGUUCGUUGGACACCAGAAGGAAGACGUCUACUCACAGGAUCUACCAGUGGUGAAUUCACAUUGUGGAACGGCAUGGGGUUCAACUUCGAGACCAUCAUGCAAGCACACGAUGCAGCGAUACUUGGGGCAGAUUGGUCUAGCAGUGGAGAAUGGCUAGUUUCCGGCGACAAAGCUGGAGUGGUGAAAUACUGGCAACCAAACUUCAACAAUGUCAAGGCCAUCCAGGCUCAUAAUGAGCCCAUCCGUGACAUGGCGUUUGCUCCCACGGACGUUAAAUUUGUCACGGCUUCGGACGAUGCUUCACUCAAAAUAUGGGACUUUGCUGCAGGUGCCGAAGAAUCUACCCUUACUGGACACAAUUGGGAAACUCGCUGUGUGGAUUGGCACCCUAGAAAGGGCCUGUUGGUAUCUGGAUCAAAAGACCACCAAGUAAAGCUCUGGGAUCCUCGAAGUGGAAGAUGUUUGACAACACUACACGGACAUAAGAAUUCGCUCCAGAAGACAAAGUUUGAGCCUGUCCAAGGAGACCUUCUUGCCACCUGCGCUCGAGACCACACAGCUCGGAUCUUUGAUCUGCGGAUGAUGAGAGAUGUGCUUCUGCUCAAGGGUCACGAAAAGGACAUUAUUACCCUUACGUGGCAUCCCGUACAUAAGAACCUCUUAUCCACUGGUGGCUUUGAUGGAGCACUCUUCCACUAUCUGCUAGACGAGCAGAACCUACCAGAUGGCGCUCCUCCAACCACAUCGGUGUAUGAAAGUGCAGAUCCUACGAAUGCACCGGCUCAGACAAUAUACCCCGCUCACAGAAUUGAACACGCACACGAAUAUGCCAUUUGGACACUUGAUUGGCACCCCUUGGGUCACAUCCUCGCAUCAGGCUCCAACGACAAGAUCACCCGUUUCUGGACGCGUGCCAGACCAGGCGAAAGCCACUAUCUCAACGAUACGUAUCACAUUGGGCGAAGCGCAGCCGAAGCUAUGGGUACAUGGAGCCGAGCAGAUGGCCGCCGACAGAUGCGUGAGGAAGAAGAACAAGAGGAAGAGGAUGAAGCAGAUGGUCUAGAGGACCAAAACGCGUUGUCGCGACCACCACUUGUUCCAGGCCUGCCAGGUAUAUCUCUCAACCCAGAAGGACAUACCGCGACGUCCUUUCUUCCAGGAAUCGGAAACACACCUGCUCCGCUGAUACCGCUUCCUGGUGCUAUGCCGCCUCUACUUCCAGGCAUGGAUCCAAAUAAGAUCGACAUGUCCAAGCUGCAUGAGAUGUUUGGCGGGCAGUUCCCUCCGCCUCCUAUCCCCCCUCCUAACGGUGCACCGCCUGGCUUCCCACCUCCACCUGGCGGUCUAUCUUUCCCAGGCUUUCCAGGAGGCCCACCGCCACCUCCGCAUAUGCUUCCACCUGGCUUCAUGCCUCCUGGUUUCCCACCACCCAUCCCGCCAUCACAGCAAGUGCCGAUCCCUCCGCAAAAUGGUGGAUGGGAUGCUAAUGGUAGGAGGCGUGCGCCAUUACCAAGCCAACAGGAUAGUCUCAUGGAGGAGAUGAAGAGAGGUAACUAUAGGAAGGCGAGAUGAGUGUUCUUCCUCGGGUAUGCAUCAGCGCUGGCGUUCAUAUAGGGAUAAUAUACAUCCAUCCUUUUAAAUACCAUGGCUUCGAACAUAUGAGUCCAUAAGACUCCGAGUUC